AACAUUAAAAGUCUUUUGUAUUUCAACUUAUUAGCGUUAUUGGAUCAAAGUGUUAACAGGUGUGUAGAAAGUUUUGGUCUCUGAUCAUCGAACCCAACCGCCAUGUUGUUUACAGUCACCUAAGCAACUCAUUUGCAUAUGAACUGCUAUUAGCGUGAAAUUUCACUUUUGAACUUUGACUACAUUGGGAUUUAAAAAAAGUCUUCUGAAAGUUUCAAAAAUGUGAAGAAAAAAGUUGACGCAAUUGUAGUGGAUUUUUAAGUGUUUAUAUGUAUAUAUAUUGUUUAUUGGAUAAUAAAAGAAGGAAUAUAUAUUCAUGGAAGGGAAAAAAUAAAUUAUAUAAAAAUGCCGCUAAAACAGAGGCAGCAUGGAAUCAAAAUAUCACAACCGAAUGAAUUUGAAAAGCAGUACAGACCUGCUGUUAUUGCACAUCUUCCUCCAUUGAGUGCUAAAGAGCCUGGUUAUAGUGGAAAACCUAAAAUCUUACAGCAAGGAUCAUUUACAAAAGCAGCACCAUCUAAAGAGCACAAACAUUUCCGACUUGUCAGUGAUUCAAUUGGGAAUAACUACAGUCCACAGGCUCGUAACUUGACCACAUCUUACAUCUAUGAUACAACCAGAUUUUCAUUCACAACAGAAGAAAACUAUUUUUUAAGUCCAAGACCUCCUAGACCAAGCAGUCCAGAUGACCCUAGACUCAGACAAUCACUUCCUGUUCCUAGAAGGAAAAGCCUUCAUGAGUUUCUGUUAAGUAGAGAUGACAAAGUUGGCGGUCCAGUAGAAAGGUUUGGUCUAUCACCAAGGGUAACACAGAGACAACAGAAUGGGGCCACUAACGGACAUACCAGACUUCCACCAAUCAACUCCUCAGGAAUACAAAGUGAUUACGACAGCACCAGUUAUAUAAAUGGUGUAAGUAAUGGGGACUACUCUAUUGGACAUAAUGGGUAUGAUGACUUGGCCAAAUCAGCUGUAUAUAGCCAUGUUAGUAGUGCAGAUAGUGGUAAGCCACCUUCAGCUUACUACAGCCAUGUUAGUAGUGCGGACAGUGGUAAACCACCCUCGGCUUUCUAUAUUCCAGACAUGGACACUAUCUCAGAGAGACCUUCUGAACAUGGUGAUCAUGAAGAAAAGAAGCAGGAGCAAGAAGAGACUGAUGACAUGAAGAAUGAUUUCUAUGCUUUACAUGAUGACUACAGCAAAGACAUACUGAACGUAGAGUUUCCACCAUUCUACUUCUCCACACAUGGCCUUUCUAGACCACCUACUCCUAAUGAGGAGGACAGACAAAGGUACUACCAACUGAUAGACGACUCCAUAGACAAUGAUAUGGUUUCUCUGUUGGAGAGAGAAACAUUAGAAGGCAUUUUCAAAUUUGUUCCUCAAUCAUUGCGAAGAGAAAAUCCUGAGGCUUCUAGAGACUUUAUAAUUGAAAUGAAGAAUGAUAGAAAAUAUGCAAUAAAAAAAGGAAUGUUAGACUACAUACUACAGGAUGAAGAUGAACAAGAGAGGUUAGGCGUUCCUGUUCCAUAUAAGGAGUCAAACUCCGCAGGAAGACACAGAUACCCUUGGCAUAACAUGGUGAAUGAGAUGAGAGAGUUUAUGAAGACGGACGUCUAUAUCACACAUCCUGUCAUGUACACUAUACUGUAUGACUUUGAAACAAAAUAUGGUGACUUUAGGUUAAUAAAUAUUCCUGACUUGAGGAAGAAUAUGCCUGUUACCAUGGAAGUAUUUUAUAAACAUGUAAGGACAUCAAGUGAACAUGGUGCUAUGAGGUUAGAGGAAGAGUGGUUACGGGAAUGUUGUGACACCAUAGAUACUCUCAGGGAUUCCAUUGAAGAAUGGAUGCCACAAGACAAUCAGGAAUUGAGAACAGAGAAGAUGGAACAUUUCUUUGAGAGUGUGUCAUCUCUAAUGUCUAACUUACUUAGGAGUUGUGUGGAGAAGUCAAUCUAUGAUCUGGUGGACCUUGUGGAGGAAUAUUUCACAGGAAAUAGCUAUGAGGGAGCCUACAAUAUAAUGAAAGAUCUAGGACUUCCCUUAAAACCACAUGUUGUUCAUUUCUUUAUGAUAGAAGAUACAGUUAAAGUGGGAUUACAGUUUAUGCCGUCCUUCCCAGAUAUUUAUGACUUUUUCUGUUUAAUUAUUGACACUAUGGUUAUAAGUGUAUCUAAGUUACCAUGUAUAGACAGUUUAUUAUUCCAAACUCCUGAGAACCUAGAGGAAAGUUAUAUAAGAACAGUUAGGGUGGACGAGGAAUUAGUCAAUAUUGCGAAAGAAAGGAUACAAAAAAUGAUAACAGCAAAUAGUUUUGGCCCAGAAAAAUACAAGGAAACAUACAAACCCUACCUGCAUUUAGUGUCAGAUGAUUCUAAAACGAAAGUUCAGCGGUUCAUACACAGAGACAAGUCAUUGAGAGAAUAUGUGUCCGAGAUAGAAAAGCUGAAGAAAUUAAAGUCACAAGUGUCUUCACUUCCUGUAUUGAUACCAAUGCAUUUAUUUCUGUUGGAUUGUACAAAGAUUAACAAGUGGUUGAUAGACAGAGUGAAUUUUUUAACAGACGUCUUGGUAACUAACAUCAAGGAAACAAGUCGAACUUUUAACACAGGAAUCUGUGAGCAAUACAACACAAUUCUGACUAAGGUUUCUGUUCACCCUGAAAACACUGAAGAACUAGUCAGACUGAAAAACUAUGUGGAAAAUCUCAAAUGUGGGGAACUUUUACAAUUGAAGGAUAAACAAGAAGUGGCUGUUGGCAAUGUUAUGUUCCUCUUAGAUUAUGCAGAACUAGCCAAAGAGGACCUUGGACACAAUACAAACACUUUUAGUUGGGCUGACAGAAUAGCUCCCAUUAUAAUCAAUAGUGACAAUGAACUUCAAAAGACCUGUGACAUUUACAAGAAACGACUAGAAGACAGAAAGAAGGCAUUUAAAGAAUCAUUGAACUCCACGGCAGCUAAAGUGAAGGGAUUCACAGUCAAACAUAAGAUGAGUGAGGAUGAGAAAUACCUGGGUGAAAUACAGCAAAUUGGUAGAGAUAUUGAGGAAUUCACAGAGGAGAAAGCAAAGAUAAACAGAGAGGAGUUGUUACUUGAGUUUGAUGCCAUUACACCUUAUAAUGAGAUCCAGGAAAUAGCUGCAGCCAAAGAACCAUAUGAGAAGUUAUGGUCCACAGCUGUCAAGUUCAGAGCACAACACAAGACCUGGAUGAAAUCACCUGUCAUCAAAGUUAAUUCUGAGGAGGUUGAAGAAGAGGUACAAAACUUGUGGAAGACUUCAUACAAGUUAACCAAACUAUUCAACACAGCUUCUACAAAAGGAGCAUUCCAGGCCUCACGUAGUAUCAAAAGUUCUCUGGAGCACUUCAGGAUUAACAUGCCUAAGAUCAAUGCUAUCUGUAAUCCUGGAAUCAAACAGAGACAUUGGGAUAUGAUGAAUGAAAAGGUUGGUUUUAAUAUGACACCUACUGAAGAAACUACACUAGAAGAAGAGCUGGCCUUAGGUUUAGACAAAUAUGUAGAACAAUUACAGGCUAUCAGUGCUCAAGCCAGCAAGGAAUAUGCUUUGGAAAAGGCCUUACAAAAGAUGAAAGACGAUUGGGAAUCAAUGUUGUUUGCCUUUGUUCCAUACAAGGAUACAGGGAUAAAUAUCAUGUCAGCACCAGAUGAAAUCCAAGUUCUCCUUGAUGACCAUAUCGUCAAGACAACCACCAUGAAAGGAUCACCAUUCAUUGCACCAUUUGAAACAGAAAUUAAUGAAUGGGAUUUGAAACUGCAUAGAAUCAAGGAUAUAUUAGACUCCUGGUUAAAUGUACAAGCUGCCUGGUUAUAUCUGGAACCUAUCUUUGGAUCACAGGACAUCAGAAAUCAAAUACCAGUAGAAGGGAAAAUGUUUGAAGAAGUUGAUGAACACUGGAGAACAAUAAUGGAGAAUGCUGUGAAGGACUGCAGAGCUUUGGUGGUCACUUCUCAAGAUGAAAUGUUAGAAAAAUUACAAAAAUCCGAGUCUAUGUUAGAUGAUAUCCAAAAGGGACUCAAUGAUUAUUUGGAAAAGAAAAGACUGUUUUUCCCAAGGUUUUUCUUCUUGUCUAAUGAUGAGUUGUUGGAGAUACUGUCAGAGACGAAGGAUCCACUCCGAGUACAACCACAUCUCAAGAAAUGCUUUGAAGGUAUUUACCAACUGUCCUUCACUGAAGCCAAGGUCAUCAUUGCAAUGGAGUCUGCUGAGAAAGAGAAAGUAGAAUUCUGUAAGGUGAUAAUACCAGCUGAUGCUAAUGGAUUAGUAGAAAGAUGGUUAUCACAGGUUGAAGAAGUAAUGAAGUUAAGUUUACGAGUAGAAGCUGCUAAAGCUGUACAAGCUUAUACAAAGAAACCUCGCUGUGAAUGGGUGUUAGAAUGGCCUGGGCAAAUUGUUCUGGCAGCAAGUCAGAUACACUGGACAUCAGAGGUCACUCAGGCAAUUACUGGAGGUUUCCUGGGUCCAUAUCUAGCAAAAAGUAAUAAACAGAUAGAAGAAGUUGUGAAACUUGUGAGAGGUUCGCUGACAUCUAUGGCUAGAAUAACACUUGGUGCUCUUAUUGUUAUUGAUGUCCACGCAAGGGAUGUUGUUCAUAAUUUAAAAGAAAAAGAGAUCAGGGGUCCCCAGGAUUUCUCGUGGAUCAGUCAGCUACGAUACUACUUUGAGGAGGAGUCUGUAAUGGUACGGAUGAUAACUACCUGUGUGGCCUACGCCUAUGAAUACCUGGGGAAUACAGGACGUCUUGUCAUUACUCCACUUACAGAUAGGUGUUACAGGACCUUGAUGGGAGCUUUAUUGCUGAAUUUAGGAGGUGCUCCUGAAGGCCCAGCAGGUACUGGUAAAACAGAAACGUCAAAAGAUUUGGCAAAAGCAGUGGCUAAACAGUGUGUUGUGUUCAACUGUUCUGAUGGUUUAGAUUAUCAAGCCAUGGGAAAGUUUUUUAAAGGGCUAGCUCAAUCUGGUGCAUGGGCAUGCUUUGAUGAGUUCAACAGGAUUGAACUGGAGGUGUUAUCAGUGAUAGCACAACAAGUACAGACUAUACAGAGAGCUGUAGCAGAACAAGUGAAAAUGUUUGUUUUUGAGGGAACUGAGAUUUCAUUGGAUAGAACUUGUACUAUAUUUAUUACAAUGAAUCCUGGUUAUGCGGGUAGAGCGGAACUCCCAGAUAAUUUGAAAGUGUUAUUCAGAACUGUAGCAAUGAUGAUACCGGACUACGCAAUGAUUGCCGAGAUAUCUUUAUAUUCUAUGGGAUUUGUUGAUGCUCGAAGCAUGGCUACAAAGAUAGUAGAUACUUAUAAACUGUGUUCAGAACAAUUGUCUUCCCAGUCUCACUACGAUUACGGAAUGAGAGCUGUAAAGUCAGUGUUGACAGCGGCAGGAAAUCUUAAACUCAAAUAUCCUGAACAUCAAGAGGAUGUAUUGGUGCUCAAAUCUAUAAAUGAUGUUAAUCUUCCAAAGUUUUUAUCCCAUGACAUACCAUUGUUUGAGGGUAUUAUAUCUGACUUAUUCCCUCAAGUAGAACUACCUCAGAUAGACUAUGGACAUUUGGAGGCAAGACUGAAAGAAAACCUACAUAAUCGAAAGUUACAAAGUGUGCCAUGGUUUAUAGAGAAAAUUAUUCAAAUUUAUGAUAUGAUAUUAGUGCGACAUGGUUUGAUGAUAGUUGGGGAUCCUUUAGGAGGAAAAACAAGUGCAUUUAAAGUGUUAGCAGAAUCUCUUGGUGACCUCCAAAAAAGUGGGGAGAUGGAUGAAUACAGGGUAAAGUAUAGAGUAAUUAACCCCAAGGCUGUGACCAUGGGUCAGCUGUAUGGUAGAUUUGAUUCUGUAUCACAUGAAUGGUUUGAUGGUAUAUUAGCAAAUACAUUCCGUGAACAUGCAGCAGACAUGUCAGACUAUAGGAAGUGGAUUAUAUUUGAUGGUCCUGUGGAUGCAGUGUGGAUUGAGAACAUGAACACAGUAUUGGAUGAUAAUAAAAAGCUUUGCUUGAUGAGUGGAGAAAUUAUACAGAUGAACAACAAACAAAACAUGAUAUUUGAAGCUCAGGAUUUAGAACAGGCCUCGCCAGCUACAGUAAGCAGGGUUGGUAUGAUCUACCUAGAUCCUCUACAGCUUGGCUGGGAUCCACUCAUCAAAUCUUGGAUGGAAAAUGAUCUACCACCAAAUUUAAAUGAAGAACAAAAGGAAACAAUACAGCUACUAUUUGAUUGGUUGUUGCCGCCAUGUUUGACCUUCGUGUCAAAGUAUUGUCGCUGUUUGCUGACAUGUCAUCCAAUGCACUUGACAAAGAGUAUGUUGACAUUAUAUGGAUGUAUGUUAGAUGAUGUCAGGAAAAUUGGUGAUGAAGAAGAAGAGGAUGAUUUUAUUGAUGAAGGGGACGAGGAAAAUCUAGAUGAUGAGGAAUCCCCACAAGAAAAACCUCAGGCGUCUGAAGAGGAGAGGAAAAUGAUAGAGGAAAGAACCAGCAUGGUUGUUGCUCAUUUCUUCUUUUCCAUUGUCUGGUCUAUUGGUGCUACGUUAGACAUGAAUUCAAGAAUCAAGUUUGACGAGUUUUUCCGUGCUUUAUGUGAGAUGGACGGUAACACAGCCAAAUAUCCAAAGGUUAGAGGCAUGAAUAGACCAAAAGAUUUAAAGUUUGCACGGAACCUGUUGAUUCCAAAGAAAGGCACAGUGUAUGACCAUGUUUACAUCAAGCGUCAAUAUGGAUCCUGGAACCUGUGGAGCAGUCUUAUCACUCCUUUCAGUAUUGAUGAAAAAGCAAAGAUAAAUGAGCUGAUUAUAAACACAGUGGAGACAGAGAGACAAAAGUACUUCCUGGAGAAACUAAUUAUGCAGGAGAAACCAUUAUUGUUUGUUGGUCCCACUGGGACAGGGAAGUCUGCUAUCAGUAAUAAUUACCUGAUACAGCUACCUAAAGAAAAGUAUAUUAUCACCAAUGUCAACUUCUCAGCUCAAACAUCAGCCAAUCAAACACAAGACAUCAUAUUCUCCAAACUUGACAGGAGAAAGAAAGGUAUACAUGGUCCUGCCCCUGGUAAGAAGUUGAUGGUAUUUGUGGAUGACUUAAACAUGCCAGCCAAAGAGAAGUAUGGUGCACAACCACCCAUUGAGAUAUUACGACAGUGGAUUGAUCAUGGAUAUUGGUUUGACAGAAAGGAUACCAGUAUCCUAGAGCUGGUCGACAUCAACAUAUUAUCAGCCAUGGGGCCACCAGGAGGGGGCAGAAAUGAUGUCACACCUAGAUUUAUCAGACAUUUUAAUGUGAUAGCUAUUGAAUCUUUUGAUGAAGAUACCAUGAAGAGUAUAUUUAAUCCUAUCAUAGAAUGGCAUUUUAAGUCAUUUGAGACAAGUCUCAGAAGAUUCUCAAGGAUAAUCAUUACCAAUACAAUGGAGAUAUACAACAGUGCCAUAUCCAAGUUCCUGCCGACACCAUCAAGGUCACAUUAUGUCUUCAACUUGAGGGACUUUGCCAGAGUUGUACAGGGUGUAUUACUGUUAAAACCUGAGGUAGUCCCUGAGGGAAAUGAAGGAGGACACAAGAUCAUACGACUGUGGGUACAUGAGGUCUACAGGGUCUUCUAUGACAGACUUAUCAAUGAAAGUGACAGAGAGAUGUUUUUCCAGAUGGUCAAGUCAUGUGUGGAAACUAACUGUAAGGAGAAAUAUUCCAAUUUGUUCAGCCAUCUUGUAAAAGAGAAAGGUGACCAAGUUACAGAUGAUGAUUUAAGAAGUCUGAUAUUUGGGGAUUAUCUGUCUAAAACAAAAGAUGAGAAAUUAUAUGAUGAAAUUAUGGACUUGAAGGAAUUAACUGAGACCAUAGAAAGAUCUCUGGAGGACUAUAAUUAUGAGAUGAGUAAAGCUCCAAUGGACUUAGUUAUGUUUAGAUUUGCUAUUGAACAUAUAUCUAGAAUCAGCAGAGUUCUCAAACAACCAAAUGGUCACUGUUUAUUAGUUGGUAUUGGUGGCAGCGGCAGACAGAGUGCUGCAAGGCUUGCUGCCUUUAUGUCAGAUUUUGAACUGUUUCAAAUAGAGAUCACUAAAAACUACAUGGCCCCUGAAUGGCGGGAUGACUUGAGAAGAAUGAUAAGGAAGGCUGGAGAUGAUGGAGUGUCUACUGUAUUCCUGUUUGGAGAUCACCAGAUAAAGGAUGAAUCAUUUUUAGAAGAUGUCAACAUGAUACUAAACACAGGAGAUAUUCCUAACCUGUAUGAAAAUGAAGAAAGAUUAGAAAUUAUUGAGAAGAUGCAAUUAAAAGCCCAACAGUUAAAUCUACAGAUGGAGAUGACACCAUUGAAUAUGUAUAACAUGUUUAUUGAGAGAGUAAGAAGGAAUCUUCAUGUCGUUCUUGCCUUCAGUCCUAUAGGAGAUGCAUUCAGGGCUAGAAUUAGGAUGUUUCCUUCACUCAUUAACUGUUGUACAAUAGACUGGUUUAUGGCAUGGCCUCAAGAUGCUUUAGAAUUGGUAGCUAACAAAUUUCUGGAGUAUGUAGAGAUGUCUCAAGAUAAGGUCAGAGACACUGAAGUACGAGAUCAAACGAUAGAAAUGUGUCAACACUUCCAUCAGAGUGUUAGAGCCAUGUCAGACAGGUAUUAUGACACACUGAGGAGGAGAAAUUAUGUGACCCCAACAUCUUACCUCGAGUUGAUUAAAACAUUUAAACGAUUACUUGAUCAAAAGAGAAUGGAAAUCCUUACCUUGAAAGAGAGAUAUAUAGUUGGUCUUCAAAAGCUGGACUAUUCUGAACAACAGGUAAAUAGUUUGCAAGAGAUGUUGAUCAAGUUAAAACCAGAGUUAAUAGAAAAAGGAAAACAAGUUGCAGAAUUGCUGAUUGUCAUUGGAAAAGAAAGGGAAAGAGUUGAGGCUGUAAAAAUUAAUGUUGAAGAGGAUGAAAAAGUGGCUAACAAUGCAGCUAUGGAGGCUAAAGCUAUAAAGGAUGAGUGUGAAGAACAAUUGAACAUAGCCAUGCCUUUACUGAAUGCUGCUGUAAAUGCCUUGGAUACAUUGAAACAGAAUGACAUUACAAUAGUCAAGAAUUUUACCAAUCCUCCUCUAGGUGUUAGACUCGUCAUGGAAUCCAUUUGUAUUAUGAAGCAAAUAAAGCCAGAGAAAAAAGUUGAUGGAAGUGGGAAAGCAGUAGAAAAUUAUUGGCCUGCUGCAAAAAGGAUGCUGGGAGAUAUGAAGUUCCUAGAUUCAUUAAAAGACUAUGACAAAGACGACAUUCCACCACCAGUGAUGAAGAAAAUUAGGGAGAGCUAUAUCAACAACCCAGAUUUUGACCCACAAAUCAUCAAAAACGUAUCCUCAGCUUGUGAGGGUCUGUGUAAAUGGGUCAAAGCAAUGGAAAAAUAUGAUAAAGUUAUUAAGGUUGUUGCCCCUAAAAAGAGGAGUUUAGAAUCAGCUGAGGCUGUAUUAGCUACUCAGAUGGCAAAACUUGAGGAGAAGAGAGCAGAAUUAAAGGCUGUUACUGAUGAACUCAAUGAAUUGGAGGACAAUCUGGCCAGUAAUCAAAAUGAAAAAGAGAACUUAGAAGCCAAUAUUGAAUUGACAAAAGUCAAAAUAGACAGAGCAGAAAAGUUAAUAAGUGGACUAGGUGGUGAGAAAGAAAGAUGGACAAAGAAUGUAGAAGAUUUAACAGAGACAUAUGACAACAUUGUGGGAGAUGUAUUGUUGUCAGCCAGUAUUGUAGCUUACUUAGGUCCAUUCAUCUUAGACUAUAGACAGGAAUGUCUAAAAGAAUGGUACACAAUGUGUAAAGAGAGAAACAUUCCAGUAUCUGAAAACUUCUCCCUGCAGGCUAAUCUUGGUAAUCCUGUCAAAAUCAGAGAUUGGCAAAUUGCUGGGCUACCAGUGGACAAUUACUCUUUGGAGAAUGCCCUGGUUGUGAUGAAUGCCAACAGAUGGCCACUAAUGAUAGAUCCACAAGGCCAAGCCAAUAAAUGGAUAAAAAAUAUGGAGAAAUUGAAUAAAUUAGAAGUUAUCAAACUGUCAGAUCCUAACUACAGCAGGCAAUUAGAAAAUUGUGUACAGUUUGGGAACCCCUGCCUAUUGGAGAAUGUUGGAGAAGAGUUAGAUCCUAUACUUGACCCAGUCUUAUUAAAGCAAACAUUUAAACAGAACAACAUGGAUUAUAUCAGAGUUGGAGAUAACAUCAUAGAAUACAGCAAAGACUUUAAAUUCUAUAUAACAACUAGGUUACGGAAUCCUCAUUAUCUUCCAGAAGUGUCAGUCAAGGUGACAUUAAUCAACUUCAUGAUAACACUGUUAGGAUUAGAAGAUCAGUUAUUGGGAAUUGUGGCUGCUAAAGAAAAACCAGCCUUAGAAGAAAAGAAAAAUGAACUUAUUAUGGAAAGUGCCAAAAAUAAACGACAACUCAAAGAAAUUGAAGAUAAAAUAUUGGAAGUGCUUUCAUCCUCUGAGGGUAAUAUAUUGGAUGACGAAAGUGCUAUUGAGAUAUUGUCUUCCAGUAAAGUCUUAUCACAAGAAAUAUCAGAGAAACAGGAAAUAGCUUCUGUCACUGAAGAAGAAAUUGACAAAGUUAGAGAUGGUUAUAAACCUGUUGCGAAACAUGGCAGUAUAUUAUUUUUUGUGAUACAAGACUUAGCCAACAUUGACCCUAUGUACCAGUAUUCACUGUCAUGGUUUAUUAAUCUGUAUAUUCAGUCUAUAUUGAACAGUAAACAGACCUCAGAAUUGAGUGAGAGAAUAGAUAACCUGAACGAGCAUUUUACCUAUAGUAUUUACCUCAAUGUAUGUCGCUCAUUGUUUGAGAAAGACAAGUUAUUGUUUUCAUUCCUGUUGUGUAUUGGAAUACAAAAACAAGAAGGUACAAUUGAUGAUAGAGAAUGGCGAUUCUUACUGACUGGUGGUGUGGCUUUGGAGAAUCCAUUCCCUAAUCCUGCUUCAGCAUGGCUCCCUGAGAAGUCAUGGAGUGAAAUUGUGCGAUGCUCAGAUUUACCUGCAUUUAAAGGUUUUAUGGACCAGUUUAAGAGCCUGUUGUCACAAUGGAAGAACAUCUAUGAUUCUCCCUCACCUGAAACUGAAGAUUUACCAAAGCCUUGGUGUGAAAGACUGGAUAAAUUACAGAAACUCAUAGUCCUAAGAUGUCUAAGACCUGAUAAGAUGAUUCCUGCUAUCCAGAACUUCAUUGUAGAUACCAUGGAACAUAAAUAUGUUGAACCACCGACCUUUGACCUGUCUCUCAGCUUUAGUGAUUCGUCCUAUUUUACUCCAUUGAUAUUUGUACUCUCCCCUGGUGCUGAUCCAAUGGCUGGCCUCUAUAGAUUUGCAGAAGAGAAAGGUCUUCUCCCCAGGAUCAUUAAACCAAAGGUCGAAAUGACCAAAGCCGAAUCCAAAAUGAGACUUAUUUCAUCAAUUAUUGGACUUAAUCCAAAACAAGAAAGUGAGACUCCCGGCAGUAAAGGUUUGCAGACAAUUUCUUUAGGCCAAGGUCAAGGACCUAUAGCAGAGAAAAUGAUACAAGAGGCUGUUGAAGAAGGGACAUGGGUGGUGUUACAGAAUUGUCAUUUAGCAGCAUCAUGGCUUGGAGAACUAGAGAGAAUCUGUGAAACUAUCAUAACAGAUCCAGCUAAAACCAAGUCAUCUUUUAGACUAUGGCUGACCAGUUAUCCUUCACCUGUCUUCCCAGUCUCAGUUCUACAGAAUGGGGUCAAGAUGACCAAUGAACCACCAAAAGGUCUACGAGCAAACCUACUCAGAUCUUACCUCAAUGAUCCUAUCUCUGACCCAGAAUUCUUUAAUUUGUGCAAUAAACCUGUGGUUUUUGAGAAGUUAUUAUUUGGAUUAUGUUUCUUCCAUGGCCUGGUACAAGAGAGGAGAAAGUUUGGUCCAUUAGGUUGGAAUAUACCAUAUGAGUUUAACGAAUCAGAUCUCAGAAUAUCUGUCAGACAACUGGAGAUGUUUGUUAAUGAUUAUGAUGCACCACCAUUAGAAGCCCUGACCUAUUUAACUGGAGAGUGUAACUAUGGAGGCAGAGUUACAGAUGACCUUGACAGAAGGUUAAUUCUAAGUCUGCUGACAAUAUUCUACUGUGAAGAGAUCAUUUCAGAUGAUGAAUAUAAGUUUUCUACGAGUGGAUUAUACUAUGCUCCACCUAAAGGAACAUACAAUAAUUAUAUUGAGUACAUCAGGAAAUUACCACUGAUGCCCCAUCCUGAGGUGUUUGGCUUACAUGAAAAUGCAGAUAUAUCUAAAGACCAACAAGAAACUCAGCAGUUGUUUGAAGGGAUUCUUCUAACAUUACCACGUCAGGAAAUUAAAGACGGUGAUAAUUCUGCAGGUGGUGGAAAGUCAUCACAAGAAAUUAUUGAAGAAUUGGCAUCAGAUAUUUUGUCAAAAAUUCCACCAGAUUUUAAUUUGGAUGAAGUUCAGAACCGUUACCCAGUGAGAUAUAACGAGUCAAUGAACACAGUACUACUACAGGAAUUGAUACGAUUUAACAGAUUGAUACAAGUGGUCAGAACUUCACUACAGGAUAUUAAAAAAGCAAUAAAGGGAUUGGUUGUAAUGUCAGCUGAUCUGGAGGAUGUAUUUGAUAGUAUGAUGGUUGGAAAGGUUCCAUCUGUCUGGGCUUCCAAGUCCUAUCCAUCUCUGAAGCCAUUGGGGUCAUAUAUUACAGAUCUUAUAGCAAGAUUACAGUUCUUUAAGGACUGGAUUUAUAGUGGUACCCCACCAGUAUUCUGGAUAUCUGGAUUUUAUUUCACUCAGUCCUUCCUGACGGGUGUACUGCAGAACUAUGCCAGGAAAUAUAAAACUCCCAUCGAUCAUUUAGGUUAUGAGUUUGAAGUAACUACAACAGAAACUUCCAUGGCAUCUAAACCUACUAAUGGUGCUUAUAUCAGAGGACUGUUCAUGGAAGGAGCUCGUUGGUGUAGGUCAAAGAGGAAAAUUGUGGAAUCUGAGCCAAAGAUACUGUAUGAUCUGAUGCCUAUUAUACAAUUGAAACCAGGAGAAAAACACAAGUUUGAAGAAAAGCAAACCUACUCAUGUCCAGUAUAUAAAACAAGUGCAAGAAGAGGAACACUAUCAACUACAGGUCACUCAACAAAUUAUGUAUUAAACAUUCUAAUACCCUCCACAGAACCAGAGGACCAUUGGAUCAAUAGAGGGGUAGCUUUGUUAUGUCAACUGGAUGACUGAGAACCAAAAUGGCGGAAAUGAUCCAAAAUUGUUUAGUGCUAACAUUUACACAGCUAAAUAAAAACGUAGAAACAUAUUUAGUGCUAACAUUUCUAAAGCUAAAUGAAAUAUUUAGAAAAUUUGUUUAGUGCUUUCAUUUCAUAUCUUAAGCUAAAUUAUUUACAAGACUUCUUAUAAAUUUAGUAGAACAAUUCAGUGGUGGCUUUUUAUUCAUACAUGUACAAUCUUUUAGAUAUGAAAAAUAAUAGUUAGAAGAUAAAACUUUAAUCUUCAAUGAACUAAUUUAAUGUAAGAAAUGUUCCAAAGAUGACAUUAUUGAAUAAUCAUUAAUUAAUAGUUUGUUUGUUUUACAUUUAAACAUUAUUAUGUGUUUUAAGAGUUGAAAGUGGAGGAAAUCAUUAGUCAUUCAUCUUUGUGUAUUCAGACACAAGAAAAAAUCUUCCAUUGGAUUAUAAAAUGAAAAAGGCCAUUUGUAUUUUUUGUACAGUUGUCAAAUAAAAAUCUUCUUCCUUAAAAUGAAUGAAAUAUCUACCACUAGAUGUAAACCAGAGAACAAUCAAUCAUUUCAAGCAUAAAAAUGAUCAUUUUUUAACUGUUAAAUUAAUAGAUUGCAUGAACAUUGUUGUGUGCUAGAGAAGGAGCAUUCAGAAUAAUGUACACUUUUCUUUCUAAGAUAUGUAUGGUGUAAGGAUUUUAUUUUGAACUUAUGAUGUGAAAUUUUUCUUACUUUUUUUUUAUUGCUUGUUUUGUAUAUGUUGAAACAAUGGGAGAAAAAGAGUCUCAUGUGCAAGUUGGCUGAAAUUUUUAAUCUGAAUAUAAUUUUUUCAGUUUAAAGUAUGUAAAGCUUGUGUCAAGUAUUAUUUACAGUAUUCAAAAGGGGGCAAAUUAGGGUAAACAUAUAGCUUCAGAUCUAUUUAAGUAAUACAUGUAUUUGAAAAUAUAGUGGUCGAGUCUUAUUUAUGGUAAUUGUUUUGCAACUUAAAAAACUAAUAGAGCUAGAAAGCUCUACCCCCUACAAAUCAAGUGCGGAUCUGCACCUCAAGUAUAUGAGAACAUAUUGGCAGACUUAUUUAAAUAAGCUUCUCUGUGAUAAGAUAUUUUGUAACUUAGUUUGGUGUCAAGACAUAUUUUAACUUAGUAUAUCAGAUAUAUUGUAAAUUAAUAUGGUAUCAUUGCAUUUAUAAAGCUUAGCUUUUUAGUCACUUAGAUGGUUCUAUCUUGUAUAUAAGUUGUAGCAUUUUUAUGCCAAAUCAAAGUCUUUCAAACUAAUGUAUAGUCACUGUAAAUAUUUUUAAUAAAUGAGGGAAAUCAUAUGAUCAUGAUGUAAUUAUAUUGUAUUAUUGUAAACCAAUCACAUUCACAUAUUUUACAUGGUCUUAGACCAAUCUGAGGCAAAAUUAUGAAUCUGUUAUUUAACAUAUCUAGUGAAUUUGAUUGGUUUACAUUUUCUUGUUGCCAUGACAAUGAUUUGUAGUAAUUAUUUUAGAUUUCCUAGUCUAGUUCAACUUUCUACAUGCUUGUAGACAUAAAGCAUUACUUAUUUAACUUGGAUAUGUUUCAAUAACAAUAAAAUGCUGUCAUUCUAAAUUAAGUAUUUAUUUCAUGUCCUGUUUAACUAUUAUCUCCCCUUGGUUUAGGGGAGAUAACUUAAAUUAUAUUUCUCAUACACAUAUUUCCAUGUACAGUGCUUGUCUGUUCAUUCAACAAUAUGCCAACAAAAUGGGCAAUUUUUUGUUAACAAAACGGACUUGAUGGUCAAGUUUAAAUAAUUCAAGCAAAUUAAUAUCUUUUUAGGAAAUAUUACAUCAUGCUUGGGUCAUUAGUUCGGUUUCAAAGGUACCUAGUUUUCUUAAAAGACUCAUAUUUCCUUUACACUCUGCUAAAUUUAUUCUGAAUCUAGGUUUGACAUUUCAUAAAACUUCAAUCUUUAAAUCAUGCUUUUACAAAUAUCAAAUUAAAGUAUGAAAAUUGUAUUAUGCAGUUAACUUUGGUAUAUUUUUUAAUUGAACAAUUGUUAUCAAUCAUAUUAGUUUUAUAUUUAUUUUACCUUUCUAUUUAUUUUUUUUUAAUCUCUGUUGUUAUGGUGAUUUAUGAAGUAUCAUGCUGUAAAUAAUUGUAAAUACUACAAUAUAAUUUAUUUAGUGAUUUUCACAGCUUUGUUGUAAAGAAUCUUACCAUCCUAUUGUACUCUGUGAUAAAUGUUUAUAUAGAAUUGUUUACAAAGAAAUAAUAUAUUUUUUACAUUUUUACAUACAUGA